AUGGUACCAGACACUGCCUUCAGAGGCUUAAACCAUCACCCUGAGAGUCUCCUGCUCUACACCGCUAUGACAGCUCUUUGUUUUAAGAUUACCAUGUGCUGGUGGGUGAUAGGACUCCUCCCAGUAAUUGUGUUGUUUGGACGAUACUUCUACAGCAGGCGUGUGAUCCAUGGCUACCUGGAACAUGCCAUGAGCAGAGACAUGGGUGACAUUGAGGGGUUUUACAUGAAAUCACCAGACUCCUGCCUGUGGGUAGCAGUGGUUGAAGGCAAAGUGGUGGGUGUCGUAGCAGCAGUCAGCCAGCAGAAGUCAGGAGGUGCUGUCGAGUUGCAGCGGAUGUCUGUUGACCGGUGCUGUCGGCAGUGUGGAGUCGGGGUUGCGCUGGGACGGAAAGUUCUGGAAUUUGCUGCCACUCACAGAUACUCCUCUGUUGUGCUGGGAACCACGGCGUACACACCGGGUGCCCACCGGCUCUACCAGCGUCUGGGUUUCCGCUGUGUGGGAGUCACCAAUGGAUACGCCACACCUGGUGCAAGGUGUUCCUUACUGGAAAGAAUUUUCUACAGAGUCCGCCAUCACCAGUACAUCCAGUUCCUGGAUGUACAAGACAGCUAG